CACAAGGAAAAUAUUCAAAAUGGCCGCCUCCAUGAAGCUUUUGAUCGUUCACGGCUCCCAGAAGCACACUGUCGAUGUUUGUGUACCUGAAGAUGAAGAAAACCAAGUUGUCCGUGUAGAACAUCUGGCUCUGGCUGCAUGGAGGGUGACAGGGGUACCUGUACAGAACCAGAGACUUAUUUAUAAAGGUAAGUCCUUAAAGGAUCCUCAGAAGACACUUGAGGAGAUGGGUCUCAAGGAUGGUGUCAAGGUCAUGAUGAUUGGGAAAAAGCACAACCCUGAGGAAGAAGCAGAGUUGAAGAGUCUUGAGGAAGUGGACAAGGCUCAAGAAGCUGUGGAGAAGAAACUUACAGGGAUGUCUGAGGAACUGGAAGGAAUGGAGAAGGGAUUCCUGGAGGAACCUUUAAUAACUGAGGCAUUACCCAAGCUGGAGAAGAGAAUAGGACUGUCAACAGAAGAACUGAUGAAGAUGUUGGAAAGACUCGACUCAACAAUCAUUCAUGAAAGUCACAGUGAUGCAAAAAAGAAGAGGAAAAGUGUGGUACAGAGCAUUCAGGUUCUUCUGGACAGAUGUGACAGCUUAUUGACCAGAACAAGACAAGUCAAGACAAAGAGCACCCUAUAAUAGAUUUGCAUGGCCAUUAUUUAAAACUGUUGGUUUCAAUCUCGUAGUAGUGCUUGUUUCCAAUGUUCCAGAAUUCAAAAAGUAUGAGAAUGAUCAUGAUGCAUGUCAUCUACCUUAGUUAGAUUUAUACAUACACAUAUAGUUGUAAAGCAUAUGUAUAAAUCAGCUGCAUAUAUCUAACUAAGAAUAUCACUAUCUUAUACUCCUGUGGGAGUUCCUGACAAAGGAUUUAACUAAAUAUUAAAGAAGACAUGUUUGGAACAUAUCAGGAGAGGAUGAUAGACAAUACUGAUAUUUUUAAGUUUUCACAGUCACAGUCAGGUGGUCACCUUGGACAGGUUGCUUAAUGCUUACAUCAAUGGGGACAGAGAAAUAGAAAAAGUGGUCACCAUGGCCAGGUGGCCAGCUUGAAGAGAUGGUCACCAUGGCAGGUUUAACUGUAGU